GGUCUGAGCACCUCUGGAAGUGAGGUUAACAAGGUACACUCCAAGACCUUUUGUGGCAACAGCAGAGAGGAGGAAACCAACACUUCGUGAACAUGAGCCUCAAAUCCCCGAUGUCUGCCCCUCAGUUUGAGAGCAAAGGAAGCCAUAUUUCAGCUAGAAAUGGAAGCUGUUUUCUAGUCAGGCACACUCCUCAUCCCAGAAGGGUCUGCCACAUCAAAGGUUUGAAUAACAUUCCAAUCUGUAAUGUGAACGAUGAUGAGAACUCAUUCAGAACAUUGUGGGGUGUUGGCCAGUCCCACCACUCACAGAAAGAUGAGAUACCAUAUGGCAGAUGCAGCUCCCCACCCAGUGCUGUGGCCACGCAGAGCCCCGUCAGAGGAGUCUCGCCAGCCCUUAGCGGGGUCAAAGUGCCCCCACGGCCUCAUUCUGAGCCCUGUCGAAAAGUCAAGGAGUGCUUCAAAACUUCCAGUGAUAAUCCCUUAGUAAUUAAAAAGGAUGAAACAAAGGUAAAAAAUCCACCAUCGACUCCAAAGGCAUGCUCUACUGCUAGUUCUUCUUCUUCAGAGGUGACAAGUACCAAGACUGCCAUCAAAGAGAACACCAUCUGCAUACCAAACUAUCUGGAUCAGGAAAUCAAAAUUCUGGAAAAGCUCUGUAACAUUUUACGCACUGAUUCUCUGGCAGAAGUUCUACAGUGGCUGCUUCAUGCAAGUUCAAAAGAAAAGGAGUGGGUCUCAGCUUUGAUUCAUGCUGAACUGGCUGAGAUAAACUUGUUAACUCGCCUCAGAAGAAACACCUCAGCUGAACCAGCAGCAGAGACUGGGAAGCCACCCAAAGUUAAGUCACCCUCAAAUUCAUCAGCAAAAUCAAAGGUGCCAACAAGUUCUAGGGAAGAACAUCAACAGAGGAGAGUGUCAAGUCAAGGAUCUGAAGAAAAUAAGGAAGUACUGAAAGAGGGCAAGCCUCCAUUGUUUAUAAGAAGAAAUCAGAUGAAAAUACCUGUUGCAGAAUAUUUCAGCAAGCCAAAAUCUCUUCCCAGGCCUAAAACUCAGGAAAGCACAUCAACAAAGCCAGUGUCAGCAAGGAGUACACAACAAGGAUAUAAUCUCUCUGCCCAAAGAGCAUUUUAUCCUGUAACAUACCAAAGGUAGAAAUGGUAUGCUGGGCUAAACCUUUCAGAAACACAAGUUUCACUUUGUUAGGACAUCAAUUAUGAAAAACACAUUUUUGGUAUGGAGGAAUCAACAGCUCCUCUAUAUGGUGGUACACGUAAAUCUCAAAGCAACUGUAUAUAAAGCUACUAAAUAAAUAUUAAUG